UCUCUCUCUCUCCCCUCCUCUCUCUCUCUCCCUCUCUCUCGUCGCUUCAGCCGCGGAUCAACACCGUAAACGCACCGGAUCGCGGACCGUCACGUGUCUCCGGUGGACACCAGAGCAGCGCAAAGUUCCCGUCCUUAAUUCCUGAUGGGUAGAGCAGCAACGCUUUUCAACGGGCAGACCGGCUGAAGGGCAUCACCGGAGAGCGCUGAUCUUCACGGCACGCGGACGAUGCGCCAGUGCGGGGAUUUAACGCUGUUGCAAUGCGGCGGGGAGGAAUCUGAUGAGAGCAGGGAUCUGGGACAGUGAAUCCUCUGCCGCUGUGUCUGUUUUCGGGAUCCAGACCUCUGAGCACUGCGCGAUUCUUAUUAGACGAUCAUUCAAGCCCGCGACGAUGACCAGCGGCGCGCAUCAGGAGCAGCAUCAGGACCACAGCGUCUCCAAGAAAUCCAUCAUCGCCAGGAUGUUCCGAGUGCGCAAGCGGCGGGAGAUGCUGCUGGCGCAGGUGUGUUUGGUCUGCAGUGUCCUGCUCGUGGCGUGGGGCAUGUCCACCAUCCUGACCGGGACAGGUCAUGGUAUGAUCAUGGAGGAGUGGCACAUGGAGUCACAUGACCAGUGGGGGCGGAGACUGAUGUCAUCGACACCCGAAAACACCACAGAGGAGAAGAACUGCACUGAGCCUGCUAUCCAUGAGUUUCCAGAUGAUGUUUUCACCAAUGCUGAACGGAAGAGCGGAGCUGUACUGCUUCAUAUUAUAGCGGCUCUCUACAUGUUCCUGGCGCUGGCGAUCGUGUGCGACGACUACUUCGUGACGUCUCUGGAGAAAAUCUGUGAGAAGCUGAAUCUGAGCGAGGAUGUGGCUGGUGCAACGUUUAUGGCUGCGGGAAGCUCAGCGCCCGAACUCUUCGCUUCGGUUAUAGGUGUCUUCAUCACUCAUGGUGAUGUAGGAGUGGGAACUAUCGUGGGAUCUGCCGUCUUCAAUAUUCUCUGCAUCAUUGGUGUUUGUGGGAUCUUUGCUGGGCAGGUGGUCUUACUAACCUGGUGGGCUGUUUUCCGUGACUCUUUCUUCUACAUAUUGUCUGUAGUCGCCCUGAUUGUGUUCAUCUACGACGAAAAGAUUGUGUGGUGGGAGAGUCUGGUGUUGGUGGUCAUGUAUGCCUGUUACAUCCUCAUCAUGAAAUUUAAUUCAAGAUUGCAGAAGUUUUUCACAAGAAAGGGCAACAAGAAUGUUGCGAAUGGGAACGCAGCGGCUGGCAGUGAACUGGAGGACGUCAAGACCAGUAAGAUUUACAGUCGAGGUUCAGUGGUGAUGGUGGAUGAAAUCAUCAAUGCCAGUCCACCAAAUUACCGUUUCCCUGAAGCUGGUCUGCGUGUGAUGGUCACAAACCACUUCGGACCCAAGACUCGUCUGCGUAUGGCCAGUCGCCUCAUUAUAACAGAGCGCCAGAGGUUGGUCCAGUCCGCUAACGGUGUUGAGACGGCUGUGGUGGAUGGAAAACCAGACAUUGAGAAUGGAAAUGUACCAGAAGACAAAAGCACAGAGGAAAAGGAGAGUGAACUCACCACACCAUUCAGAUUACCAGAUGGCUGUAUGAACAGAACUAAAUGGCUGAUCUCUUGGCCGUUGUUGUUGAUCCUGUUUUUUACCAUCCCGAACUGUGCCAAGUCUCGCUGGGAGAAAUACUUCAUGCUCUCUUUUAUCCUCUCCACUGUUUGGAUCGCCGUCUUCUCAUACUUCAUGGUGUGGAUGGUGACAAUUAUUGGAUAUACGCUGGGCAUUCCUGAUGUCAUCAUGGGUAUCACGUUUUUGGCUGCAGGAACGAGUGUCCCGGACUGCAUCGCCAGUUUGAUCGUGGCUCGUCAAGGUCUGGGAGACAUGGCCGUGUCCAACACUAUCGGCAGUAACGUGUUUGACAUUCUGGUGGGUCUCGGUGUCCCAUGGGCUCUGCAGACCAUGGCCGUCAACUACGGAUCAGUGGUGAUGAUCAACAGUCGGGGUCUGCUGUAUUCGGUUGUGCUUCUUCUGGGCUCCGUCGCUCUCACCAUUCUGGGGAUUCACCUGAACCACUGGAAGCUGGACUUUAAGCUGGGUGUUUAUGUGCUGCUGCUGUACGCCGUCUUCCUCUGCUUCUCCAUCAUGAUCGAAUACAACGUCUUCACCUUCGUCAACUUACCCAUGUGUCGGGAAGACUAGGAACCAUGCCACAUCCCACAAUGCACCAUUCUGAUGCCACGAUCACCGCAAAAACUGGACGAAUGUGAGUCGUCAACAACACUAACGCUCGACUGAAAAUCCUCCAACGAGUCUCGCUUUUCACUGUGGAUGGAUUGGAUCUUCCUGAUAAGCUAAUUUUUUGCCACAUUUUCUCCUAGAAAGAGGAACUUCUCCUUGGCAGCUUUUCUCUCUUCCAGUUGAGGAUCUUUAAAAUCUCCAAAAAUGCAUUAUGGAAAAUGUGGAUUGCGCUAGGAGGGUAGAUCAACAUUCGCCUUUUUCUUCACGCCGUUUUCUUCACUGGUUCAAGUUCAUUUAUUUGUAAAGUGUUCGCUUGUUUCUCAGUUUUUUGGCCAUUGACCAGUGGAUGACAUUAACUGGUGGCUCCACCCACUAUAAUAUUUUAUCUUUUGUCCAAAUAUUUGCAUAUACAGAUCAGUGGAGGAAAUUGACUAGUGGUUCCACCCACUAUGAUAUUUAAUGGGUUCAAAUAUAUGCAUAUAUAGACCAGUUAAGUAAAAUUAACUAGUGGCUCCACCCACUAUGACCUCUCAUGGAUCCAAAUAUUUGCAUAUGUAGACCAGAUGGAGGAUUUUAACUGGGGGCUUCACCCACUUGAACAUCUUAUUGGUCCAUAUAUUUGCAUAUGUUGACCAGUAGAGGAAAUUAACAGUUGGCUCCACCCAUUAUAGCAUCUUAUUGGUCCAAAUAUGUGGAUAUGUAAACCAGCAAGGGAAAUUAACUAUUAGCUCCACCCACUGUAAUAUCUUAUUGGUCUAAAUAUUUGCAUAUGCAGACUAGUAGAGGAAAUUAACUGGUGGCUCCACCCACUAUGACCUCUCAUUGGUCCAAAUAUUUGCAUUUGCAGACCAGAUGGAGAAAAUUAACUGAGGGCUCCACCCACUUAACAUCUUAUUGGUCUACAUAGUUACAUAUGUAGACCAGUGAAGGAAAUUAACUGCUGGCUCCACCCGCUAUGACAUCUUAUUAGUCCAAAUAUUUGCAUAUGUAGACUAGUAGAGGAAAUUAAUUAUUGACUCCACCCACUAUGACCUCUCAAUUGUCCAAAUAUCUGCAUAUGUAAACCAACAGGUUAAAUUAACUAUUGGCUCCACCCACUGUAAAAUCUUAUUGGUCUAAAUAUUUGCAUAUGCAGACUAGUAGAGGAAAUUAACUAGUGGCUCCUCCCACUAUGACCUCGCAUUGGUCCAAUAUUUACAUAUGUAGACCAGUGGAGGAAAUUAACUGUUGGCUCCACCCACUAUGACAUCUUAUUGGUCCAAAUAUUUGCAUAUGUAGACCAGUGGAGGAAAUUAACUAUUGGCUCCACCCACUAUGACAUCUUAUUGGUCCAAAUAUUUCCAUAUAUAGACCAGUGGAGAAAAUAAACCAUUGGCUCCGCCCCUUAUGACAUUUAAUUGGUCCAAAUAAAUGCUUAUGUAGACCAGUGGAGGAAAUUAACGUGUGGCUCCACUCACUGUAACCUCUCAUUAGUCCAAAUAUUUGCAUAUGUAAACUAGUGGAGGGAAAUAACUGGUGGCCCCAUCCACUUUAACAUCUCAUUGGUCCAAAUAUUUGCAUAUGUAGACGAGUUGAGGAAAUUGACCAAUGGCUCAACCCUCUAUGAUAUUUAAUUGGUUCAAAUAUAUGGAUAUGUAGACCAGUUGAGGAAAUUGACCAAUGGCUUCACCCACUAUGAUAUGUAAUUGGUGCAAGUAUUUGCAUAUGUAGGCCAGUUGAGGGAACUGACCAAUGGCUCCACUCACUAUGAUAUUUUUAAUUGGUUCAAAUGUAGGCCGAUUGAGUAAAUGUAACUGGUAGCUCCACCCAUUAGACCUCUCAUUGAUCCAAAUAUGUGCAUAUGUAGAACAGUGGAAGGAAAUAGCCAUUAACUCCACCCACUAUAACAGCUCAUUGGUCCAAAUAUGUGCAUAUAAAGCGUUAAGAAUGCUAAUUGUUGCAGCAUGCAAAACAGUGUCAGUAAUAUAAUACUCAAUACAAGAUAAUUCUACCCUUAAUUAUUCUUAAGGGUAAAUCUGACUAAAUGUAUAGUCACACUACUAUGUUCAGUCUUUUUUUUCCUAAUCUAAACAUCAUUAAAACAAGAUAGAUUUACCUGAAAAAGAUAAAUAAGUAGCCAAUUAAUUAGAAAAUUAUCCUCUCCAUGUCUACAUAAGUUUAUGUGUAAAAAAAAAAAAAGAAGAUAUUUAUGCAAAUAAAAUCAAAGUAUUACACAUCAUGCACUUUUAUUGUAAUAUGAAUUAUGCUUAAAAAGGAAGAACAGCAUUUAGGAAUGGCCAAAUAAAUUAAAGCAUACUGUCAUGUUUACCAGUGAACAAACCACCAGAUGUCGCUGGUAAACAC